AUUGCGGUGUAGCGGACCUGCUCUGUGUUACUGCUGUGGAUGGGAUCUGGUGUACAAAUAUAUGUAUUUUAAGCUCAUGAUGGUUAUUCCUGCACCUGAGACGCAUGGAGUAGAGUACAAAGCUUAAAAACCUCCUAACCAUGAAAUGCCACGAGGUUGUUUUUGCUUGCCAUUUGAUUUUGCUUCCACUAACAGUGCUGUGCGAGCCAGUCAUCUCCCCCAGCGGGCCUCACGUAGUGGUCCUCAGGAGGGGAAAGCUGGAGCUGCGCUGCCAUGACAAUGCCACGACGUCUGGUGCCCCGUCCACGCUGAGGUGGCAGCGGGAGAGGGCACGUAGGCUGGAGGGAGAGGUGGAGGAGGGCGGGGUGGUUUAUAUCAAGGUGUCGGCGGCGCAAGCCUACCACAUGGGUCGCUACGUGUGUGUCGACAACAGCACGCUGAAACACAGCUCCAUCUAUGUGUACGUGAAAGACCCCCAGAAUGCCUUCCAGCGGACCAUGGUGAACGUCAUCCUAGUGCGUGCAGGUGAGAACGGCACCAUCCCAUGUCUGGUGACCGACCCCGAUGUCACCUCCCUGGCUUUAGAGACCUGCGAUGGGCGACCUUUGCCCUCCGGUGUCAGUUACCGCAGCAGCGUCCAGCGAGGCGUCAUCAUCAGCGAUGUGAGAAAGGAGUAUGAGGGCUGCUACGUGUGUGUGGGACAGCUUGGUGGAGCCAAAGUGAUGUCCAGCCAGUACACCGUGGAUGUGCGGCUUGUGCCAGAGUUGCCCCCAGUGGUGACGCUGUCGCAGAAAGACACUGUUAUCCUGAGGGAAGGAGAGCAGUUCGAGGUUACCUGCAGCUCCACCAACGUUAACCCAGACUUCAGUCUCAAGUGGAAUUUUCCUUCAACAGCGCACCCUGAUGAGUCCCACACCUCACACAUCCUGCCCAGUUCCCGUGGUUACCUUCGUGCCACCUCGCUCAUGAUCCCAGCGGUCAGCCGAUCAGACUCUGGCUCUUACCGCUGCUACGCCCUCAACGAGAGAGGCACCAGUGCCAUGGCGCUGCAGCUGGAUGUUCAUGAGAAGGGGUUCAUUACCAUGUUAGGUAGCCCGGGUCCAGUCGAGGCUUAUGUUAAAGAAGGAGAGAGUCUGAGCCUCAAAGUAGAAUUUGAUGCUUAUCCUGCACCCAGCUCUCUGUCCUGGUCUUACAAUGGCAAACAGCUCCUGAACACCACCGAGCAUGUUAUCACAGUCCACCGCCGCAAGUACAGUUACUCCAGUGAGCUCAGACUAGUGAGGGUCCUCGGCUCGGAGGGCGGGAUCUAUAAGUUCUCAGCCAGUCACGAGGAUGCAUCUGUGGAUUAUUUGUUCCACGUGUACGUGAACAGUAAGCCAGUUAUCAUUGCCCAGGAAGGACCUGUUGAUGGUCAGGUGCGGUGCAUUGCUGCUGGCUACCCAGUGCCUAAAAUCAGCUGGUACUUCUGUAAGCUGCCCCACACGAGGUGUUCACACCUCCCCAAUGCCACCCAGUGGGAGACACCUGAGGUCGCCAUGGUGACAGAGUCCGCCUUCGGUAGGAGCGAGGUGGAGAGCCGAUUGAACGUGAGCAACAAGGAGCACGCUCACUAUCACACUCUGGAGUGUGUGGCGAGCACGGAAGGGGAAGAGGCCUACACACUGUUCUCCAUCAGUGAACGCGUCGUCCCCCAUAAACUCUUCACUCCUCUCCUAACUGGUAUGGUGGCCACCGGCGUGUUUCUCAGCAUCAUUCUAGUGGUGCUGCUCUAUAAAUACAUGCAGAAACCUAAGUUCCAAAUCCAGUGGAAGGUGAUUGAGAGUAUCAGUGGCAACAACUACAUAUAUAUUGACCCCACCCAGCUGCCGUAUGACUCCAAAUGGGAAUUUCCUCGACAGAAACUGCGCUUUGGUAAAACCCUGGGCUCUGGCGCAUUUGGAAAGGUAGUGAGGGCCACAGCAUAUGGACUCUGCUCUGCAGAUACUGUCACAACCGUCGCUGUUAAGAUGCUGAAACCUAACGCUCAUUCGACGGAGAAGGAGGCGCUGAUGUCAGAGCUGAAGGUCCUCACUUACCUUGGAAACCACGUGAACAUCGUUAACCUGCUGGGGGCCUGCACUGUCGGAGGCCCGAUUCUGGUGAUCACAGAGUACUGUUGCUAUGGCGACCUCCUCAACUUCCUAAGAAGAAAAAGAGAGUCCUUUAUAAACUCCCAAGCUGGCGAUGGUUACUAUUGCAACGUCUCAAACCAAAUAGAGUCUAGAAGCAGAGACGAGACUGGUUCAGGAUAUAUGCCAAUGCGUCCCUCUGAGAAAGAAAGGUCUUCCCAGUCAGACGACAUAGAUGAGCUGUCCCUGGAUGCCGAAGACCUGCUCAGCUUUUCCUACCAGGUGGCCAAAGGAAUGGAGUACAUUACUUCCAAGAACUGUAUCCACAGGGAUCUUGCAGCCAGAAACAUAUUGCUGACUCACGGCAGGGUGGCCAAGAUCUGUGACUUCGGGCUGGCACGAGACAUCACAACUGAUGCCAGCUACGUGCUCAGGGGCAAUGCUCGUCUGCCAGUCAAGUGGAUGUCUCCCGAGAGUAUUUUCGACUGUGUCUACACCUUUGAGAGUGACGUGUGGUCCUACGGCAUCCUGCUCUGGGAAAUCUUCUCUCUGGGUAACAGCCCAUAUCCGGGCAUGCAGGUGGGCUCAGCCUUUUAUAAGAUGAUUCAAGAGGGCCACAGGAUGAGCAGGCCUGAGUUUGCUCCCAUCGAUAUGUACGACAUGAUGUUGUCCUGUUGGAGCCAUGAUCCUCUGAAAAGGCCUUCCUUCAGGAAACUGGUAGAGAGGACUGAGCUACUGCUGUCAGAAAAUACCAAGAAUGUGUACCUGAGACUGAGCAACAAUCCGGCUCUUCCAGAGCAGCAGAGGGAGCCAUCGCGAAGGCUGAGCUCAGUCUGCAGCACGACAGCCCCCACCCAGCCUUUACUACAGAGCGCUGCUGACGUCUUCCUGGACUAUGUCUGACACACUCUCACACACACACUCACACACACGCACAUACAUGCUGCUCUGACACCAAGAGCCAUACAUACACUCUGUAAACUACUAACAAAACAGUGAAACUAACUCUGAAAACGCUGGCCUUCAUGCAUCUCUCUCUCUCUCUCUCUCUCUCACACACACACACACACACACACAUACACACAGAUACUGUAUAUAUAUAUGGCCUUGCACUGGGCUCUCAGUAUUGGCCUCUAUCUAAUCUCCCCGCUGGUGAUCUCUGUGGUAGGUAUGUCAGGUGCACGUCUCUAUAUACUCCAGUGCUAACUGCCCAUCAGAUACAACAUCACCCAUCAGCAGCAGGAGGAGUUGGGGCUCUCAUUUAGAUUACAUCUUAAGAAAAAACAGAGACUACAAGUACUAGUAAACACCUGACUUUGGACUGUGGAAUAGAUAGGCAGAGUUGCUGCUGUGGUGAGUGGACUACAAUGGUUUUUGUCAGAUUUGUCUCCAUUUUUAUGGGAAUAUGUUGAAUAUUUGGGAGAAGUGACAGUCUGCCUACCAGCACUUUUAAGUCCAUUAAUUAACACGUUAUAUGUUUUUUUUGUUUAUUCCAUACAAAAAAAUUACAAUUUGUUGUUUUAAUGGGAAGUUUUGCUUGGAACUAUUGGCUGGGUCUGGUAGUCGGGGCUGGUUGCUUAUUGAAACUGAACUUUUGCAUAUUUUCCUUGAGAAUUAAUACAAGUUUGCACAUCUUGUCUUUUGAUGUUUUGAAUGAACAAACUUGAGUUCGAUAGCACAAUCUUUUUUCUAAUUUGCUUAAAAAAGAAAGAAUUAAGAAAGAAACUUUAGGGAAUGCCUUCACUUUACUGUUGCAGCAUUUUCUAAUUUAAAUCCCUUGAUGUGUGUCAGGACAAUACUGGACUGACUCCUGCUUAAAAACAAUACAGUUGAACUGUGUGAACCUGUCAAACUCGUAUAAAGCCACAACAUGUUGUAUUCCUGUCUGAUUGUUGCAGAGAUUACAUAAACAAUAGAAACUGCUGAGCUUUUGAGGUGCUGGUAUGCAGAUUUUGUCAUCUUUGGACAUAACCAGGUGAACCAUUUCCAGUUUCCAGUCUUUCUGCUAAGCUAAGCUAACUGGCUCCUGGCUGUAUCUGAUGCUGCUGCCAUUCUUCUUACUUUCUUCAGCAAGAAAGCAAAUAAGCCCAUUUCCCAAAAUUUGAAACUAUUACAUCAAGAAUCAAAAUUUACUGCAAGUUUCAGAUUAACAGUGAAUGGCUGCCUACCUUAAAACUGGCUCUAACAGGCCUUGAAAAAGACACCUUCUGUUAAGAGACCUGCAGUGUCUUAUACAAGCAUUACAAAUGAGCCAUAGUGAGGUGGCAUGCAAGAAGCAACCUUAAAAAAAAUAAUAAAAUAAAGCCAUAAGUUACAGAAACACUGAUUGACACCUGUGUGUUGAAGCUUUGAAUACUGUGACUUGACACACUGAUGUGUUGCUGUAUGUAUUUUAUUGUUAGCUUUAGUUAUUUUAGUCUCUUUAGCAAAGCCACUGUGGCCAGGUGUUUAGGACUGAUUGUGUGCUCUUUUUACUUGGUUUAUGUCCAACUUGUAUGCAAUGUAAAUACAAUAGAGAUGUGCCUUUUAGAUUUUUUUUUUUUUCCCAAAAUACUGAAUGCAUUUGGUUGUGAUACAGAUAUUGUUGAGAGGGGAGACAGAAGAGUGCUUCUGUAGACUUGUUUAGAGGAUCGUGCUGUUUUGAUACUGUUGGUUGACUUGUAAUAAUAAAGCAAAGUACCUGUGAUGGUAGAACCAA